UAACUGUUGUAAAUUGCGUAGCUAUCGGCACGCGCGCGUUUGAGAAAACAGAAACAUGUCGGACUGGGAGGAGAACGAACGUCCUGCAACCGCGGCGGUAGCGCCUGACUUUUGGAACCGGAGAGGCGAACGAGGCGACAGCCCGCCGAGGGAGCGCCGGGACAACUUUAAUAAAAAGCCUUCGUCUUGCGUUACAAUGACCGUGGAGAGCGCCUCAGUCGGCAGAGUUAUAGGUCGUGGUGGGGCCAAAAUUCGUGAACUUGAGGAGCGCAGCGGUGCGCGAAUUAAGAUAAAUAAAGGGGACAAUGAUGGAGAAGUGAUCAUCACUGGAUCUUCUGCAGCUCAGCAAAAAGCCAAAGGAAUGAUUGAAGAGCUGCUCUCCGGAAGCAACUUCCCAUUUGGAAAUGGUUUGGGUAGACUGCAGGACCAUAAGCGUGAUGGUGGAGGCUACUACGCCUCCGUUAGGUCUGCUGCAGAACAUAAAGCCGCAGACAAUGUUCCAGAACGCCCGCCUAUAGACUGGAACGCCAUCCGAGAGGGCAAGGACAAGUACUCGGAGCUGAAAUGGAAAGACCUGCCGCCGUUAAAGAAGAAGUUCUACUGUGAGGCAGAGAGUGUGUCUGCCCUCACGCCAGAAGAGGUUGCUGAAUGGAGGAAGGACAACAACAAUAUCUUUGUGGACGACCUGAUGGAGGGAGGAGAGAGGCGGCCCAUUCCUAACCCGUGCCGCACUUUUUUGGAAGCUUUUGAGCGUUAUCCAGAGAUUAUGGAGAAUAUUGAUCGUGUGGGGUUUGUCAGACCAACCCCCAUCCAGUCCCAGGCGUGGCCGGUGUUGCUAAGCGGCGAAGAUCUGAUAGCGAUUGCUCAGACGGGAACGGGGAAAACUCUGGCCUAUCUGCUCCCGGGGUUCAUCCACAUGGACGGACAACCUGUACCUCGAGCUGAGUGGGGGGGUCCAGGUAUGCUGGUGCUGACCCCAACCAGAGAGCUGGCCCUGCAGAUUGAGACAGAGUGCAAAAAGUACAGUUAUAAGGGAUACAAAAGCAUCUGCAUCUAUGGUGGGGGGGACAGGAGAGGUCAGAUUAACCUGGUAAAGAGUGGUGUGGACAUCGUGAUUGCAACACCUGGACGGCUGAAUGACCUUCAGAUGAACGAACUCAUCAAUCUCUUCUCCAUCACGUACUUGGUUCUGGACGAAGCAGACCGGAUGCUGGAUAUGGGAUUUGAACCACAGAUCAUGAAGAUCCUGCUGGAUAUCCGCCCAGACCGACAGACUGUCAUGACCAGUGCCACUUGGCCCAGCGGUGUUAGACGGUUGGCUAAAUCUUACCUGAAGAAUCCCAUGAUGGUUUAUGUGGGCACGCUUGACCUGGCAGCUGUGGACACGGUGCAGCAGACUAUCACUAUCGUUCAAGAAGAGGAGAAAAAGGCUUUCGUAAUGGACUUUAUCAGAAAUAUGCUGCCGCAGGACAAAGCCAUCAUCUUUGUGGGAAAAAAGAUUAAGGCAGACGACCUGUCCAGUGACCUGUGUUUGCAAGGUCUGGCUGUGCAGAGUCUCCAUGGUGACCGGGAGCAGCGUGACCGAGAGGAAGCCCUCAAAGACUUCAAAGAAAGUCGGGUUCGCAUCCUCGUUGCCACGGAUCUGGCCUCCCGGGGUUUGGAUGUGCACGACAUUACACACGUCUUCAACUAUGACUUUCCUCGAAAUAUCGAGGAGUACGUCCACCGAGUGGGCCGCACAGGUCGAGCGGGGCGAUCCGGUGCUGCUGUUACCUUGGUAACGAGGGAAGACUGGAGGAUGGCGCCAGAGCUGAUUCCCAUCUUGGAGCGAUCAGGACAAGAAGUGCCUCAUGAGCUGGUGCUCAUGGCGGAAAGAUAUGAGAAACACAAGAGAGAGAAGCUGAUGUACGGUUCAGGAGGAGGAGGUUAUGGAGGAAGAAGAGAUGGAGGAAGAAGAGAUGGUGGAAGGGGAAGCAGAAGAGACCAAGCUCAGAGCUGGAAGUUCUAAUGCUCUACAUUUGCUCAAGUGAUCAGAAACUUCCAGUCGUCUCAUGUUUUAUAAAAAAAGUUUGUUUUUGCUGUUCUUUUGUUUAGUUUUUGUCAAUUCAUUAUUUUGUUCUAAGAGAGGUUGUUUUUUGAUUAAGGAUUUGCUGUUUCAGCAGCAUGCAUUCUUCUAAAUAAAUGGUUUUUCUCUGA